CCCCUGUUUGAUAUAGUGUUCCUACUGUGCUGACCCCACGGGACUUUUUAUUGAUAUGGAACUCCAGUGUGACAUUUGUUUCAUCGAUUAUGACCUGGACUCGCAUAGGCCCAAGAGCUUGCCCUGCGGACACACCAUUUGCAAAGAGUGUGUACAGAGGGCAGAGCUGGAGAAAAAGUGCCCAACUUGCUGGAAGGAGCUGCCUGGUGACCUUGGUGACCUCCCGGACACCAUCCUAGCGAUUCGGCUGAUUGAGAACGGAGGCGUCCCACCACGCAAGAAGCCUAGAAGAGAGGACAGCGACCAGCAGCGGCUGCAGCGGGGCGUGGACGCGGGCAGGAAGGUGGUGGAGGCUCUGCGGCUGGCGGUCCCCAAGGCCGUGGAGGCGCUCAACCGCCAGCUGGACGCGUCCGUCGCCCAGCUCCGCCAGCUGGAGGAGACUCUGGAGCAGGUGCAGCGGGGUGCGGCAGGGGAUGGGCGCACGUCGCAGGAACAGCUGCAGCUGGCCACGCAGCUGGAGGACAGCCUCGGCCUGCUCAACACCAAGUGCAGCGUCGUCGCAGAGGAGGAGGACGGGUCCACCUGGAAGGCGGCUGUGCAGAUCGGCGGGUUCGGCGACAGUCUUAGGCUUCUGUUGCUGCAGCUGCGUGCGGACGGCCAGCUGGGAAAGGUUGACGACGUCCCCGUUCCCUCCGCCGCAGCCGCUUAUGUUGGGCCACCAAUAGUUGCCUCCCUCACUAUAAGUGAAGAUGAUAUGACGGACGACCACGGCUUGAAAGUAAAUGAAAUCCUACUGGACAAGCGACGGCUGGAAAACAUACGCUGCAUAACCGGCUUAGAGGGCGAGGGCUCGGACAGGCUGCUGCGCGUCGUCGCGUCGCACUCGCUUCACGUCGAGGAGCUCGUGUUCUCGGCUGAGGUUGGACCGAAGGUCAUGGAGGAGGUGCUGAAACUGCCUUCUCUGAAAAGGCUGGACACUGAAAGCAUCGAAAACCGCGAUGACUACCCGGACCUGCCGUUGCAGCUGGAAGAACUCAAAAUAAAUGGACCAAGCGAGCAGCAGCUGGACUGUGUGAUGCGAAUGCCCGCCUUGUACAGUCUAACAGUUUUGAAUUACCUUGGUGCAAAUCUCACAUUUCCCCCGUCAGACUAUGGAACACUGCGGUGGCUUGGCGUCAGCUUCCACAUCAACUACAAGCCCACCAUGCUCUCCCUGAUCCGUGCCCACGCUUCAUCGCUGCAGGAGCUGCAGGUGUCCUGCAGCAUCAGUGAGGACGAAGAGGAUGGUGACUACUACUUCCCCGAGCUCGGCCAGGACCUAGCUGCCUGCGAUCUGCUGCGCCUCCGGCGACUCGUCCUUGAACGCGAUUACACCGCCCCGUGCGAGGAUGCUGCCGGCUGCCUGAUGCAGCGCCAGAACCUCCGCGGCUGCCUGCCUCGCUCGGUCGAGGUGGUUUGCGACGCCUGCCGCACUAAUAUUUUCGGGUGACUGCGUACUCCUCCACUACUCCAAACUCCCCCCGUCCAAGACUUAUUGCCGUAGUGUUCUUGUCAUAAUAUUUAAUCCUAAGACUAUCCCAAAGCUUAAUUUAAGUUGGCAUCAGUAAAAUAAACCGUACCUUCAUCUUA